CCCAUACUGACCUCCGCAUCGUCUGUGCGGACUGGGACGUGAAGAGUGACUUCUCCGAGAUGGAGGUGGACGAGCCGGAGCCCCAGGACAACGACUCCAUGGAUGACGACUGGCUGACGGAGACCCGUCCCGCAAAGAAACGCAAGAUCGGACGGGAUCCGAUGGAGGUCGUUGCUCUGUCGCAUAUCGACGUGCCUGUGAUUGACGACCCGCAACAAGCCACCACGCGCAUCGCCCAGAAGGUCACGAUCGACAUGAACGACCCGCAUAUCCUGCUGGACGAGCGCGGGCCGGAAUCGGCCGUCCAGAAGCCCAAGGCACUGGGGGCUCUCAAGCGGGAGGACAUGGAUGCCAGCGUCACGAAACGUCUCACGUCGCGCUACAACAUUUCCAACGACCAGGCGUACGACAUGCUCAAGCAGAACCACCAGAACAAGGUCCGAAGCACCCUGGGCAACGUCACGCUCGAGCACAGUAUGCCGGCGCUGCGUCUGCAGUGGCCUUACUACCGCACAGAGCUGGCCAAGGCCGAGGCGCGUUCGUUCCAUCGUCCCUCGCUGUCUUUCCGACCCGGCCAGACGUGUUGGUUCAAGAACCCGGCGCACCUGAAGCGCAAGCACCAGCGAGGAAAAGACGUCAAGGCGCUCUACGAUUCCACCAAGUCGCUAUCCUUGGCCGAUAACUCCCACGUCCUGCUGGUCGAGUACUCGGAGGAGGUUCCCCUCAUGCUUUCCAACUUUGGAAUGUCCAAUCGGAUCAUCAACUACUACCGGAGAAAAAGCAUGGAGGAUCCCACGCGCCCCAAGGCGGAGAUUGGCGAAACUGCUGUCUUGCUCCCCCAGGACAAGAGUCCCUUCUCGAUCUUCGGCCAUGUGGACCCCGGGGAGGUGACGCCGGCUAUUUCCAACUCGAUGUACCGCGCUCCAUUGUUCCAGCACGAAGCCAAGCAGACCGACUUCUUGAUAGUGCGCAGCAGCACGGGCUCCGGCGGCAGCGACUACUACCUCCGGACCAUCGAGAAUCUGUUCGUUGCCGGACAGCAGUUCCCCUCGGUGGACGUCCCGGGCCCCCACUCCCGCAAGGUCACGACCGUGGCCAAGAACCGCAUGAAGAUGCUCGUGUACCGCCUGUUGAAGAAGAGCCCGGACCUGCGACUCUCAAUCAGCGACGUCACCGCGCACAUCCCCGGCACCAGCGACAUGCAGAAUCGGCAGAAGGUCAAGGACUUUCUCCAGCACGAUAAGGACUCCAAGUACUGGGUGCCGAUGGAGCCUGUCCCCGAGCAGGAUGUCAUCCGCGCUUGGGUCCAACCCGAGGACGUGUGUCUUUUAGAGUCCAUGCAAGUCGGACAGCAGCACCUGCACGACACGGGGUUCGGCAACGACGCGGAGACCGGAGGCGACGAGGACGUCGACGAAGAAAGCGAGAGUUUCGAGCAGCAGAUGGCCCCGUGGAAGGCGACGCGCAAUUUCCUCCUGGCCUCGCAGGGCAAAGCCAUGCUCAAGCUGCACGGCGAGGGCGACCCGACGGGACGUGGCGAAGGCUUCAACUUCAUCAAGACCUCCAUGAAGGGCGGCUUCAAGGCGGUUGGCGAGAGUGUGGAAGACAAACUCGAUGCCCAGCGGCUCAAGGAGCUCGGCGGUCACAGCUACAACGUGGCCCGACAGCAGCGGUCGUACGAGACGUCCAUCCGACGCAUCUGGGACUCCCAAAAGGCCAGUCUGUCGUCCACGGUCGAGCACUCGGACGAAGAGAGCGACAUCGACCGCGAGGAGGAGAUGGAGUUCGGCAAGCCGACGCCGCGGUCCGAAGCGCCCACGCCGGCCCCGGGGCGCCGCGACGACGAGACGACCAGCCAGUUCAGCAAGAUGAGCAUGCCCGACCAGCGCGGCAAGGUGCUGCGCAUCUGGCGGACGCAUCGCGACGAGAAGGGCCAGCUCUACCAGAAGGAGUCGAUGGUGUGGGACCCGCGCGUCAUCCGACACUACAUGCAGCACCGUCAUCGUGUGGAGGCACUCACCACGAAGCUCGACUCCCUCCAACCCACCGGCGACAAGGAAAUCGACGCGCGCAACAAGAAACUCCUCGAAGCCGAACUCAGCCGUCUCAACCGCAACAAAGAGCGCCGCUUCGCCCGCGAGAAGCAGAAGGGCGCCACGCGCACCUCCGCCGGCGACUCGCCCGCCGAAGGCCCCUCCACCGGCAAGUCCGCCGGCACCCAGCGCAAGUGCGCCAACUGCGGCCAGGUCGGGCAUAUCAAGACAAACAAAAAACUCUGUCCCCUCCUCAACGGAACCAUGAAACCCGAAGACCGUGUUAGCGAUUCUGCGUUUGCGAUGGGCGCGCCGCCGGCUAUUUGAUCUUGAUCAUCAUUCUCAUCUUCAUCAUGUUGAUGUUGAUUUUAAGAAUCAGAAGGCUUUGAAAAGAUGAUCGGAUUUUAUCGACGGACCGGAUGGGAUGGAUGAACGAUGGAUGGAUGGUCGAACGACGAAGACCUUUUCCUAUACGAGACGAACCGAAUCCUCCUCCCCCGUCCUUCCUCCGUUCCACCGUCUAUUUUCUAUCGACGUCGUCUUUAUCGCCGUGUCCAUCCCAUCAUCCAUGUCCGCCGUCCUCAACAAAACACACACCUGCAUCGAUAUCGACCCCUCCGUCCAGGUCUCUCUCUCUCUCUCUCUCUCUCUCUCUCUCUCUCUCUCUCUCUCUCUCUCUCUUCC